UUGACUUACAGUGGUCUGCAACGGCAGCACUGCGAAUGUCAUCAGAACAGGAAAGGGAGAGAGUGAUAGAGCAAGAAAGGGAGAGGAAAGAAGAGUGAAUCAAGAAGCAGAGGAGAGAACAGAUCCCAGUAGGUAAAGGUUCCCCAUCAUAGAGGAAGCCAUGCUGCUUACUGUGGUCACCGCAUGGCUUUGCGUCGUCUCUCAUGCCACCCCGCUUCCCAGCGCCGCUGAUGUCCUCAGCACUCAUGCUCCUCCAGUCGGGGACGAGGAGUUCCUGUCUCCCCGUGUUGCGCUUUCUAGAAGCGAGCCGACCACCCAACCCUUGUCGGACGCCGCUGAGGGGACGUUGGCCGUGUGUGACAGCACAAGCACUUGGGUGGCAGAGAAACAUACAGCUGUGGACAUCCGUGGCAGGAACGUGACGCUGCUCUCUGAGUUUCAGACGCCUCACGGCCGGCUGAGGCAGUACUUCUUUGAGACCAAGUGCACACCCAGAAGGGGAACUGCGGGCGGUUGCCGCGGGGUGGAUCGAAACUACUGGAUCUCCGAGUGCCAGACGACCCAGACCUAUGUCAGGGCCUUCACUGUGGAUUCCAAGAAGACUGCUGCCUGGCGCUUUGUCAGGAUAGAUGCUGGAUGUGUCUGCAAAAUACGACCGCAGCAGGAAGACGCAGAGGAAUAUGGGGGGCAGGAGAUAUCAUAACAGGCUUUGCUGGGGCAGUGGGCGACCCUACAAGGCCUUAGCCACAGGUCUUUGGGGAUAAGGGCCCACAUCGCCUUCGCCUUCCCCUUUUGAAAUGAAUAAACAAAUAUGGCCACUGCCCCCAUCUGUGCCAAGCAGUA